CGCUCCCGGCGGCCCGAGGCGGCGCAGCGGCUCUGGCGCAGUCUCGCGACACUUCCCGCAGCGCCGAGCCGAGCCGCUCGCUCCGGCAGCAGCGGCAGCAGCAGCCGCCCGCGGCGGGUAGACCCAGCUGCUCCUCGCACCCUCGCCCUGCCGCACGCACCGACCGGUGGGGGAAGACGCCCAUCCCCGCGGCUCGGCAGCAGGCGCCUCUGGGCGCCCGGGCUCCUCUGCCCGGCGGCAGCGGGGACCCAGGUGGCUGGCAGGAGCUGAAGGCUGAGCCCCUUCUUUCGCCUCUUUUUUUUUUUUUUUUUAAUACAUACGAAUACAUAUGCUGAGGGAAGCCGAGGUGCUGCUAGCAAGACGCAGAAUGCAGCCCGGCUGCAGCGGGUGCUGAGAGCGGCAGCCGCCGGAGGAGGGAGCGGCUCUGUCAGCAGCCUCUUCUCCUUCCCGUGGCGGCGGCUCGGGCUGUCUCUCGCCCCCUUCGCCGUGGCCAGCCGCCUCAAACUUUCAGCCUGUUUCCGCCGCCAAGCAGAGUCCAGCUCGACAUAAAUGAUGGAGGCGAUAGUAGAGUGUGACUACAAAGCUCAACAUGAUGAUGAGCUGACGAUCACUGUAGGUGACAUAAUCACCAAUAUCAGGAAAGAUGAUGGAGGCUGGUGGGAAGGACAGCUCAAAGGCAGAAGAGGUUUGUUCCCUGACAACUUUGUAAGAGAGAUAAAGAAGGACAUGAAGAAAGAAAAUACUGCCAACAAACCACCAGAGAAGCCUAUAAAUGAAGUUUCCAAUGGAAGCCCUUUACUGUUGUCUGAGACAAUUAUUAGAACCAACAAAAAAGGAGAGAGAAACAGAAGAAGAAGAUGUCAGGUGGCCUUCAGUUAUAUGCCUCAAAAUGAAGAUGAACUGGAAUUAAAAGUUGGUGACAUCAUUGAAGUUGUGGGAGAGGUGGAAGAGGGCUGGUGGGAAGGUAUACUCAAUGGAAAGACUGGCAUGUUUCCUUCCAACUUCAUAAAGGAAUUGUCUGAUUCUGAUGAUGUUGGAAUAGCACAAGAAGAGCAAGUAAAGCCAAGAAAGUCUGCCUUUGAAGGGACAAUUCUGUACAGAGUGGCACCGACAAAGAUUGACAGCUACAGACGCUAUAACAGCCUAAAAGAUGCUACAGGCUCUGAGAGUGAUGGUGGCGACUCUUGCAGCACAAAAUCGGAAGGAGCCAAUGGAGGCACAACAAUCCAACCCAAAAAGGUCAAGGGUGUUGGCUUUGGAGAUAUCUUCAAAGACAAGCCUAUAAAGCUACGACCAAGGUCAAUAGAAGUUGAAAAUGACUUUCUCCCAGUAGAUAAGAGUGUUGGGAAGAAAUUACCUCCAGCCACAGCAACUCAGGAGCCAACAAAAAUAGAAGUGGACAGCAGAACAAAAACCAAGGAGUAUUGCAAAGUGAUAUUUCCAUAUGAAGCACAGAAUGAUGAUGAACUCACAAUCCGAGAAGGUGAUGUCAUCACACUUAUCAGUAAGGAUUGCAUUGAUGUGGGUUGGUGGGAAGGAGAACUCAAUGGCAGACGAGGUGUGUUUCCAGAUAACUUUGUCAAGCUUCUUCCUUCUGAGUUUGAAAAAGAGAGACCGAAGAAACCACCACCUCCAUCAGCUCCUGUCAUCAAACAGGGAUCAGGUACCACAGAUCGAAAGCAUGAAAUCAAAAAGGUACCUCCUGAAAGGCCAGAAUGUCUUCCUAAUCGAACAGAAGAAAAAGAAAGAUCAGAGAGAGAGCAAAAACAGUUAGACUUGCAGAAGCCUUCAGUUCCUGCUAUACCUCCGAAGAAACCUCGGCCACCCAAAGCAAACUCUGUGAAUAAACCUGGUACCUUGCCCCCGAGACGACCAGAAAGACCAGUUGUGCCUAUGACUCACACAAGGAGUGAUAGUCCAAAAGUGGAAUUAGUGGGCAGUACGGUAUCCAGCACUCUGGAGAAAGACUUCUCUGAAAGAAGCAAUGACAUCGACUUGGAAGGUUUUGACUCUGUAAUACCAAUUGCUGAGAAGCUUAAUCAUCCAACUACAACCAGACCAAAAGCUACUGGCAGGCGACCACCCUCCCAGUCUCUCACGUCUUCAUCCCUUUCAAGCCCUGAUUUCUUUGACUCACCAAGUCCUGAAGAAGAGAAGGAGGAACAUGUUUCCAUUACUCAUAAAACUAUUGAAGUGUCAAGGAAAUCAAGAACUGUUACAAUAUCACAAGUGUCUGAUAAUAAAACUUCCUUGCCUCCAAAACCAGGAGGUUUGGUUAGUGGCAGUAAUGUGCAACCAUCACUAUCCCCUUCACCGUCACCUGGAUUUCACCCAAUUGCUAUGGGAACAACAGGCCACAGGUCAAAUUCCCCAUCCCUGUUCGGUACUGAAGGAAAGCCAAAGACUGAGCACUUGAGCCAAGGUCAGACUGCCCUGGAGGAGCUGAGAACACAGAUUAAGGAGCUAAGAACCAUCAUUGAAACCAUGAAAGACCAGCAAAAAAAAGAGAUUAAACAGUUGCUGUCUGAGUUGGAUGAAGAAAAGAAGAUCCGUCUACGAUUGCAGAUGGAAGUUAAUGACAUAAAGAAAGCUCUUCAAUCAAAGUGAAUACUUGCUAGGUGGAAUGUUGCAUUAUUCUUUGUGACUGAGACUUAAAUUUAUGCCCCAGCCAAAAUAACUUUGUGCCAAAUGAUUUAAGAAUUGCCUCAACAUCCCUUUAUCUGAAGGAUUAGCACAACGGUUUUUGAUAGCACAACAAAACCACCAACAGCGAGGACAAAAUUUCCACCCGAAGCAGUGCGGUGCGGCACUAGUUGUGACUGAAAUUGAUCUUCUUGUGCUAAAGGCUCUCUACUUCAAGAUCCUAGGUGAAAUGAAAACUCAGGCAGUUUAGUCCAUAGUGGUACUAUUUUGAUGAUAUUUUUCCAUAAAUAAAGUGUAUUUCAGAUUAUCUGUUUACAAGCUUUAUGAUUUUGACUUUUGGUUUUUAAUUGUCUUUUGUCACAGAUUUUAAAAUGUUUGUACUGCAUAUAGCCAGGAAUGAAUGUUAACGUUGGGGCUGGAGGGAUUAUUUUUGCUUUGAGAUAGAACAGCCUACUUUUUGUUAUGGUUUUAAGUUCUGUUAAAUAUGCAAUUUUACGUCCCCAAAUGCCCUCCAAUUUAAACUUACGUUGUGUACAGCAAUGUAUUUACAAGAAGGAAAGAAACCAACAGAAAUCUGGUCUUUGCAAUGAUUUGUGCCUUCCUUUGCCACACACUGACCGGAGCUGGUUGCAAGCCAGGUCUCCCUAAUGUAGCUACCACGAUGACUCCUGUCCCCGGUGCCCGGCGGAGGUCACCUUCUCAGUGUUCAGCUGCUCAGUCAGUAGAGCCAGGUUUGUGCGAGGUGGCAGGACAAAAGGGCGCAGCUGAGAGCAGCUUUGUCUUGAGCAGCCGUGGCUUUUUAGCUUUCCUGGUUUUGAUAGGCCUCUCCCUCAACUUGAAUGUUCAUCUCCGCUUGAUUUUCAUUAGACGACUUAAACACCCGCCUCUGUCCCCAGUUUUGCACAGAGUGAACAGAAUAUGCAUUAUUAAAGCAAAAAUAAAGUAAUCUAUAAAACAUGAAUAAAAA